AUGGGUGGUCAUGAUUAUACAGAAAAUCUCAAGGGGGUUAAUGAUGGAUUGACAGACUUGACCAAGAAUGUCAAUACGCUUAUUCAGGCUAUGAACGCCAACAAGUCUGAAGAAACAGAGAGAAGAAAACAGAAAGUUAUUGAGCAGCGUCAGCAACGUGAAGAAGAAAGAACACAACGUCAGCUAGAGUUAACGGAGAAUAAUACAGCUUUGACAGCCAGCAAUCAUGGUGGUCCUCGUAAUAAUCCACCUCCACCCCCACCUCCGCGACAAAAUAACAUCAACCUCAAGUUUCCUCAAUUCGAUGGAGAUGAUCCUGACGGUUGGCUUUUCAAUGCAGAUCAAUAUUUCGCAGUUCACACAGUAGAUGAUGCUCUUAAAAUUACUAUUGCCUUUGCAAAUUUGAAAGGUGAUGCUAAUGUUUGGUUUAGAUGGAAGCAGUCUAAAGCUGCCAUUGUUACUUGGGCUGAUUUUGGUGCUCAUCUUCGAGCUCGUUUUGCACCAGAGAAAUUUGUGGAUCCUAGACUAGCUAUUAGCAACAUCGAAAAAAAAGGCACAGUGCGUGAGCAUAUUCCUGUGUUUGAGCGUUUAAUGAAUUUAGUGGACUUCACGGAAGAACACUUGAUUCAAUGCUUCAUCCGCUCUCUUAAACCUCAAAUAGGUUCGGCGCUUAGAUUAUUAGAUAUCAUAUCUUUGGAUGAUGCUUUUAAAAAAGCCAUCCAUCAAGAGGAAGCCCUUGCAGCAAAUAAGUCUGUUCCCAGACAGCCUUAUCGUCCUCCUCCCUUCCGGCCUGCUGCAACUGUUCAACCCACUCCUUAUAACAAGUCUUCUUCUCCUCCUGUGUAUCGCCAUUUAUCACUAGCUGAACAACGUGAACGCAGAGAAAAGGGUCUCUGUUUUAAUUGUGAUGAGGUUUACAAGAAAGAUCAUGUUUGUCUGAAUCCCAGACUGACCAUUUUGGAUGUUGAGGAAUAUAUUCGUGAAGGUUCUACCACUACAGAGGAUACUGCUCCUGUUUCCUUUGAAGUUUCUGAAGUAUAUGAAUUUGAUCCUACCAUCUCCUUAAGCUCGCUAUUUGGUUCUUCCUUUCCACGUACCAUGCGCGUUACAGGUCGUAUUAAAUCUCAACCCAUUACUAUUUUGAUUGAUUCAGGAUCUACUCAUAACUUUUUGCAUCCAUCUGUGGCUAAACAAUGUGGAUUUGAAUUUUGUUCUCGAGAUUCUCCUCUAAGUGUUACUGUGGGUGAUGGUGGCAAGUUGAAUACUCGGGGUUCUUGUCCUUCUGUGCCUAUUCAACUCCCUAGUUUCAGGUUUAGUGCUGAUUUCCACUUGCUUGACAUUAGUGGUUGUGAUGCAGUUUUAGGGGUACAAUGGUUACGUACUUUAGGACCUAUUGAAUGGGAUUUUGCAAGAUUAUCAAUGCAAUUUACAGUUAAUGAUGCAUUAACUACUUCAUUGAAGGCAACAUCGGUUAUUGAUCCUCAAGUACAACAAUUAUUAGCUCAGUUUACUAAUACUUUCAAGCAACCAACGGCUCUUCCACCAGAACGUCUUCAUGAUCAUAGAAUUCCAUUGGUUCCUGGUUCUCCACCUGUCAAUGUGAGGCCGUAUCGAUACCCUUACUUCCAGAAAUCAGAAAUUGAAAAGAUUGUUGCUGAAUUACAAUUCUCUGGUUUUAUACGUCCAAGUUCGAGCCCCUAUUCUUCCCCAGUGCUGAUGGUACGUAAGAAAGACGGGUCUUGGCGUAUGUGUGUUGAUUACCGUGCUUUGAAUAAGCUGACAAUCAAGGAUAGAUUUCCAAUCCCUGUUGUUGAUGAUCUGUUAGACGAACUGCAUGGUGCGACUGUGUUUACUAAACUGGAUUUGCGCUCGGGUUAUCAUCAAAUUCGAUUGCAUAAAGCUGAUAUUCCUAAGACAGCUUUUCGAACUCACGAUGGUCACUAUGAGUUCUUGGUUAUGCCAUUCGGUCUUUCCAAUGCUCCAUCCACUUUUCAGAGUUUAAUGAAUGAUUCUUUCAGGGAAUAUUUACGAAAGUUCGUGCUGGUCUUCUUUGAUGACAUUCUGAUUUAUAGCAAGAAUAUGUCUGAUAAUUUGAUUCACUUGUCUCAGGUGUUUGAAGUACUUCGUUAUAAUCAGUUAUUUGUGAAGGAAUCCAAGUGCACCUUUGCUCAGUCCUCCGUGGGUUAUUUGGGACAUGUUAUUUCAGUUGAGGGAGUUUCAGUUGAACAAGAGAAGAUUGAAUGUAUUAUGUCAUGGCCUACACCAACUACCAUCAGAGAUUUACGCGGUUUUUUGGGCUUGGCAGGUUAUUAUCGAAAGUUUGUUAAGGAUUUUGGUAAGAUCAGUGCGCCAUUAACUCAACUACUUAAGAAAGAUGCUUUUCAAUGGCCUAUUGCUUUUCACAGCAAGCCUUUAGCUGAGAAGAACAAGAAUUUAGCAGUUUAUGAUAAGGAGAUGCUAGCUAUUAUUUCUGCAAUUCAAAAAUGGCGCCAUUAUUUGCUUGGGAGGCAUUUCAAAAUAUAUACAGAUCAUAAGAGUCUGAAAUAUUUUUUGGACCAGAAAAUAUCUUCCUUAGAGCAACAGAAAUGGCUAUCUAAACUUUUGGGUUACGAUUAUGAGAUAAUCUUUAGACCAGGAAAAGACAAUGCUGCAGCUGAUGCUCUGUCUCUCCAAUCCAGCUUCCACUACAGUCUUACUGCACCAGUUUUCAGUGGUGUAACAGAAAUAAUGCACGAAUGUCAUAAUGACACUGAAUAUGGAGAGCUUAUUCAACGGUUAGUUGCAGAUCCAACUUAUAAGCGUAAUUAUUCUUACGUAGCUGGUAUAUUACGUUACAAAGGCAGAAUUGUGGUAGUUUCCACUUCUUCGUGGUGUUCAAAAUUUUUGCAGGAGUUUCAUUCAACUCCAAUUGGUGGCCAUUCCGGGUUUUUGCGUACAUAUAAGAGAGUACAGCAUAAUUUUUACUGGAAAGGACUUAAGCAAUCUGUGAAGAAUUUUAUCCUUCAUUUUGAAGUGUGUCAGAGAAACAAAUCUGAGGCUGUUUCUCCUCCAGGUUUUCUUAAUCCAUUACCAAUACCAACUGACAAUACACAGUUAUGUCGCAGUUCAGCUUAUCAUCCUCAGUCGGAUGGACAAACAGAGGUGACAAAUAGAACUUUAGAGUGUUAUUUGAGGUGUUUUGCGGGAAUGAAGCCAACUGAUUGGAGCAAAUGGUUACCUUGGGCUGAGUGGUGGUAUAAUACAAGCUUUCAUUCAGCCAUUCGAAUGUCUCCUUAUCAGGCAUUGUACAGUCGUCCCCCACCUGCAGUUACAGCUUAUUUACCAGUCCAGAAUGAAAAAUAUGCUGAUUCGCACCGUACUGAGCGUUUAUUUUCAGUAGAUGAUUGGGUUUAUUUAAGAUUACAGCCUUAUCGUCAAACAACAGUGUCUCAGCAAUCUUUUUCAAAGCUGUCUCCUAAGUUCUAUGGACCAUUCCGCAUUUUGGAGAAAAUUGGGUCAGUUGCGUACAAACUAGAGCUUCCUGCCUCUAGCCGCAUUCAUCCAGUUGUUCACGUAUCUCAGCUUAAACUAAAGGCGGGAUCAACUACAUCUGUGGAACAAGUGUUACCAGACAUUAUUGAUUAUGAAAAGUUGGAACCUGAUUCGAUUUUGGAUCGUCGCAUGUAUAAGAAAGGCAGUGGUGCAGGCACCAGAUGGUUAAUCAAGUGGAAGAAUCAUGCGCAAGAGGACGCAACUUGGGAAGAUGCUGAUGAUUUCAUCGCUAAGUUUCCAGAAUUUGAGGCUUGA